UCUUGUGCUCCACUGUAUUUCUGGAUCCAUGUUGGGGGAGCACAUGCCACUUGGAAAUUUUCUGAGGAACACUAACAAGCUUCCAGCUUGUGAAGCUUUGUAUUGUGAUGAUUGACACUGGAAAAGCCUUUUGUGCUGCAAAUAAACAGUUUAUGAAUGGGAUUCGAGACCUGGCACAAUAUUCUAGUAAUGAUGCUGUAGUUGAGACAAGUUUGACCAAGUUUUCUGACAGCCUUCAAGAAAUGAUAAAUUUUCAUACAAUCCUAUUUGACCAAACUCAGAGAUCAAUUAAGGCACAGCUUCAGAACUUUGUUAAAGAAGAUCUUAGAAAAUUCAAAGAUGCCAAGAAGCAAUUUGAAAAAGUCAGUGAAGAGAAAGAAAAUGCACUAGUAAAAAAUGCUCAAGUACAGAGAAACAAACAGCACGAAGUUGAAGAAGCCACAAACAUUCUGACAGCAACAAGAAAAUGUUUUCGACACAUAGCCCUUGACUACGUUCUUCAGAUUAAUGUCCUUCAAUCAAAAAGGAGAUCAGAAAUCCUAAAAUCAAUGUUAUCCUUUAUGUAUGCCCACUUGGCCUUCUUUCAUCAAGGAUAUGAUCUAUUUAGUGAACUUGGGCCCUACAUGAAGGACCUUGGUGCACAGUUGGAUCGACUGGUUGUGGAUGCAGCAAAAGAGAAAAGAGAGAUGGAGCAAAAACAUUCCACCAUUCAACAAAAGGAUUUCUCCAGUGAUGAUUCUAAGUUAGAAUAUAAUGUAGAUGCUGCAAAUGGCAUUGUUAUGGAAGGAUAUCUGUUCAAACGAGCCAGCAAUGCCUUCAAAACUUGGAACAGGAAAAAGCCCGAUCAUAUCAGACGCUGGUUUUCAAUACAGAACAAUCAGUUGGUUUACCAGAAAAAGUUUAAGGAUAACCCCACUGUGGUAGUGGAAGAUCUAAGGCUUUGCACAGUGAAACAUUGUGAAGACAUAGAACGGCGAUUCUGCUUUGAGGUGGUCUCUCCAACCAAAAGUUGUAUGCUUCAGGCAGAUUCUGAAAAGCUGCGCCAGGCAUGGAUUAAGGCUGUUCAGACCAGUAUUGCUACUGCUUAUAGAGAGAAGGGUGAUGAAUCAGAGAAGCUGGAUAAGAAAUCAUCUCCAUCCACAGGAAGCCUGGAUUCUGGAAAUGAGUCAAAAGAUAAAUUAUUGAAAGGGGAAAGCGCACUGCAGCGAGUCCAGUGUAUCCCUGGCAAUGCCAGCUGCUGUGACUGUGGCCUGGCAGACCCACGGUGGGCCAGCAUCAACCUGGGCAUCACCCUGUGUAUCGAGUGUUCUGGAAUUCACCGGAGUCUUGGAGUUCAUUUUUCAAAAGUACGUUCUUUAACUUUAGACACGUGGGAGCCUGAACUUUUAAAGCUUAUGUGUGAGUUGGGCAAUGAUGUUAUAAAUCGAGUUUAUGAGGCUAAAGUAGAAAAAAUGGGAAUAAAGAAACCACAACCAGGACAAAGACAGGAGAAAGAGGCAUAUAUCAAAGCAAAAUAUGUGGAGAGGAAAUUUGUGGAUAAAUGUUCUAUAUCAUCAUCACCUCCUGAGCAGGAAAAAAAGAUGAUCUCCAAAAGUUGUGAAGAAAAGAGGCUAAGCAUUCCUAAAUUUGGGCCAGGUGACCAAGUUAGAGCAUCUCCCCAAAGUUCAGUGGUUGCUGUAAAUAGCGACGAGGCCAGGCGGGAGUCUCUGUUCUGUCCUGAUGAGCUAGAUUCACUCUUCUCCUACUUUGAUACUUCUUCAAAACUACGUAGUAUCAAAAGUAAUGACAGUGGAAUCCAGCAGAGCUCUGAUGAUGGAAGAGAAUCUUUACCCUCUACAGUGUCAGCCAAUAGUUUAUAUGAGCCUGAGGGAGAAAGGCAAGAUUCUUCUGUGUUUCUUGACUCUCAACAUCUUAAUCCAGGACUCCAGCUUUAUAGGGCUUCAUAUGAAAAAAAUCUUCCUAAAAUGGCUGAGGCUUUGGCUCAUGGUGCAGAUGUGAACUGGGCUAAUUCAGAGGAAAACAAAGCAACACCACUUAUUCAGGCUGUAUUAGGGGGCUCUUUGGUGACGUGCGAGUUUCUCCUACAGAAUGGUGCUAAUGUAAACCAAAGAGAUGUACAAGGGCGGGGACCACUGCACCAUGCCACUGUCUUGGGGCACACCGGGCAGGUAUGUUUAUUCCUAAAACGAGGUGCCAAUCAACAUGCCACUGAUGAAGAAGGGAAAGACCCGUUAACUAUAGCUGUGGAAGCAGCCAAUGCUGAUAUAGUGACCUUGUUACGUUUAGCAAGAAUGAAUGAAGAGAUGCGGGAGUCAGAAGGACUUUAUGGACAGCCAGGUGAUGAAACUUAUCAGGACAUUUUUCGUGAUUUUUCUCAGAUGGCAUCCAAUAAUCCAGAAAAACUAAAUCGUUUCCAGCAAGAUUCACAGAAAUUCUGAUUUUUUUUUUUUUUU